UGCGUUGAGCGCAUGCGUCCGGCGGCCGCCUAGAAAAAGGAGCUGCUGGCGGGCCGCGUCGAAGACAUGGAGCAGUGCUACGGAGGCUAUGGGACAUGGAGCGCUGGACCUGCCAACACCCAGGGUACAUAUGGAACCGGUGUGGCCAGCUGGCAGGGUUAUGAAAACUAUAAUUAUUAUGGCACCCAGAACACCAGCGUCACCACAGGAGCAACCUACAGCUACGGCCCAGCCUCAUGGGAGGCCGCCAAGGCCAACGAUGGCGGCCUGGCAACCGGAGGCCCUGCCAUGCACAUGGCCUCUUAUGGACCAGAGCCGUGCACUGACAAUUCUGACUCCCUCAUUGCCAAGAUCAACCAGCGUUUGGACAUGAUGUCCAAGGAAGGAGGCAGGGGCGGGAGCGGCGGCGGUGGGGAGGGCAUGCAGGACCGGGAGAGCUCCUUCCGCUUCCAGCCGUUCGAGUCCUAUGACUCCAGGCCUUGCCUGCCAGAGCCCAACCCCUACCGCCCCAGCUACAGCUACGACUAUGACUUUGACCUGGGGUCUGACCGCAACGGCAGCUUUGGUGGGCAGUACAGUGACUGCCGGGACCCAGCCCGUGAGCGAGGCUCCCUGGAUGGUUUCAUGCGGGGACGGGGCCAAGGCCGCUUCCACGACCGCAACAACUCUAGCACCUUCAUGCGCAGUGACCCCUUCAUGCCACCUUCAGCUUCCUCUGAGCCCCUGUCUGCUCCCUGGAAUGAGAUGAACUAUGUGGGUGGACGAGGCCUGGGAGGUCCCUCACCCAGCAGGCCACCUCCAUCCCUCUUCUCCCAGUCCAUGGCUCCUGACUACGGUGUGAUGGGCAUGCAAGGGGCAGGCGGUUACGACAAUGCUUUGCCGUAUGGAUGUGGCCGGUCACAGCCCCGGAUGCGGGAUCGGGAUUGGGAUCGGCCCAGGAGGAGAGGGUUUGACCGUUUUGGACCAGAUGGCAUGGGCAGGAAACGGAAGCCAUUCCAGAUGUAUGAGGAACCGGAUGCCAAGCUGGCCCGUGCUGACAGUGAAGGAGACUAUUCUGAAAAUGAUGAUGGAGCUGGUGAUUUCCGGUCAGGAGACGAAGAAUUCAGGGGUGAGGAGGAAUUUGGCGACUCUGGGAGGCAGAGAGGAGAGAAGGACGAUGAGGAUGAGGAAGUAAAGAAGAGAAGGGAAAAGCAAAGGCGGAGAGACAGGAUGCGGGACAGAGCAGCCGACAGGAUUCAGUUUGCCUGUUCUGUGUGUAAGUUCCGUAGCUUUGAAGAUGAAGAAAUCCAGAAGCAUCUGCAAAGCAAAUUUCACAAAGAGACGCUGCGGUUUAUAAGUACCAAGUUACCUGACAAGACGGUGGAAUUCCUGCAGGAAUACAUUGUAAACAGGAAUAAGAAAAUUGAGAAGCGGCGUCAGGAAUUGAUGGAGAAGGAAAGCACAAAACCAAAACCUGAUCCUUUCAAAGGGAUUGGCCAGGAGCACUUCUUCAAGAAGAUUGAGGCAGCCCACUGCCUGGCCUGCGACAUGCUGAUUCCUGCACAGCACCAGCUUCUCCAGCGGCACCUGCACUCUGUUGACCACAAUCACAACCGCCGGUUGGCUGCUGAACAGUUCAAGAAAACAAGUCUCCAUGUGGCUAAGAGUGUUUUGAACAACAGACAUAUAGUGAAGAUGCUGGAAAAAUACCUCAAGGGUGAGGACCCUUUCACCAAUGAAACUGGUGAUCCAGAAAUGGAAGGAGAUGACAAUGUAGGAGGUGAGGAUAAGGAAGAGACACCUGAGGAGGUGGCUGCAGAAGUCUUGGCCAGCGUGAUCACGGCGGCAGUGAGGGCUGUGGAUGGGGAAGAAGCACCAGCAGCAGAGAAGGGUGAGGUGACCGCUGAAGAGGAUGGCUCCGUGGACACGGCAGAAGCCAGCAGUGACCUCCAGGCUGAACAGCUGCCAGAAGACAAGCAGCCCUGUGGAACAGCAUCUGAGAUGGGGACCACAGAGGCUGGAAGUGAGGUGGAGACACUGGCAGCAGAGGCAGAAAGUGCCAGAACAGUCACUGCUCCUGCCCCAGAUGCCACAGAAGCUAAAAUGGAACAAACUGAUGCAGAGUCCAAAGAUAUUCCCACAGAAUGA